GGAAAUGAACAGAACAUUAGGAGACGUUUUUGUUCAGUUUGGCCAAUCAGCACAGAUAUACUUGUUCUAAAAUAAAAGGCUCCAAAGGAAUAUUGAUAACUGCAACAAAUUGGGGAUAUCAAAAUAUGUAAAACAAAUUUCUUUUUUGCCUCUAUGACGUCGUUAACCGGACUGGUUGUGUAUGCGAUGUCGAUUCUUUUUGCAGUCCCCGUGUCUUUUGUUUUUAAGGCUUAGUUCCCCAUAUAAGGCAUUUUAUAAUAAGACUAUAGUUUUAUUUUCUUUUUAAACUAUGUGUUUUGUUGUACUACUACUAGUGAAGCCAUCCCGUGAUAAUGUAUUUGUAUCUAUGCUAUAACUCUUAUGCCAUUCUAGCCUUUAUAUCGUCAUACUUUUAAAGCAAUUUUUAUAUGGAUUUUUACACUUGCAGGUACAAUCUUCAUAUAAAUGUAAAAAAUAAUUAGAACUGUCAACAAAAUAUUUCACACUAUGACUUGAUUGAUGAAAUACUUUAUUAUGUCUCCACAAUGGAGAAAAGUAGUAUUUUCAAGAACACUAUGCAUUAUUAGCAUUAUUCUUUUUUCUUUGCAUGCUUCUGUCAUGGAUACCACAUUCAGCGUUAAUUGGGUUGGCCUUUUCUUGUGCUGUUGGUAUAACUUUUCUGGUUCUGGGGUGUGCUCUUCCGCAGUUCAACAACUGGUGGCCUAUGUUUGUUCUGUUUUUUUAUGUACUUUCUCCCAUACCAACAAUCAUUGCAAAGCGCUUGGCCGACAGCUAUGACUCACCAAGCAGUGCUUGUGUUGAGCUGUGUGUAUUUGUCACAACAGGAAUAGUCAUCUCAUCCAUUGGGCUUCCUAUUGUCUUGGCUCACACUGAAAUUAUCCAGUGGGGUGCCUGUGGACUGGUGUUGGCUGGAAAUGUUGUAGUCUUCCUUACUAUCCUUGGCUACUUCUAUGUUUUUGCAAGUGACGACUUUGACUAUAGCAUGUGGUCUGCAAGAUGAUGAGAUAAUCUCUGGCCAUAAAAAGAUGGUUGUGGCAGUAGUUCAUCAGACAGGCAAAGGUGCUUUGAUCUCGUCUUACCACAUACUUUAGGCGUAUUUUCAGUGCAGAAAUUUUAUGAAAGGAUGUUUAUUAUAUCAACAUCCUUUGCAGCAAAAACAUCAGUGAAGUCUAUCCACAGCCUCGUUCCUCAGCACAGGUCUUGGGAACUGGUUAUCACAGUGAUCUCCAAAUAAUAUCAUUACAUAAGCAAUUAGAUGAAACGUUUUUUGGGAUAUUGAUCUCCAGUAAUUAAACCCAAUUAUAGUCUGAUUAUUAAUUUGUUUUGUUUUGUGCUUCAUCAAAGAUCACAAUAAAGCAAAAAUAAAGGGGAAAAAACCUGAUAGCAUGAUAAGAUGAUGAUCCUUGGGAUUUUUCUCUUCCUAUUUCAUAUAUAUUUUCUCUGCCACCACUGUCAUCAAAUCAGUGUUUCUUUGUGUAAAGCAAUAUUGCUUUGUUUCUUGUGAGGCACCCCUAAUUUAUUUCAUAUGCAUUGAUUGCUGCUCUUGCUGAAGGUGCCAUUUACUUACAAAAUGUGUACUUCAGAUAAUGUGGACUGAAAUACACAGUUUGGGUACUUGGUAAGUGAACAUGUGACUGAUGAAAGAAUACUGGUUAAUCUGUAUUAUUUAUGUAGGUUUGACAUUGUUAAUGUUAGUCUUGCUGGCUUGUCUAACCCAGUAUGUAAUGGCUCAUCCAUUCAUUGUAACCCUAUAUAAAAUGGAUGUUUUGUGGUUUUAUACAUGUAAAUACAAAGUUUCUGUACUUACAUUUGCAAGGCUUCAUAUUUGCAUUGAAAUGUAGAAUUAUGAUUAAUGAUGACCUUAACUAUUUCUUGAAAAAGGCCACUUUUUGGUCUGUCUUUUUUAAAUGUUGCACAUUGAUACUCAAAAGGUAUGUCAUUGCUGACCGUACAAGCUUUUGUUCUCAUAAGCUUUGGUUAAUUUUCAUGAAUAUUUCAAAUUUAACUAUUCUAUGGUGAAAUUUUAUUUGGCAUAGAUUAUCACAGAAACUAAUGUUUUAUUUCUAUGAGAAAGUUUUAAAUGUGUAUGCAGACUUUGGAUAUAUGCAGACCAAAACACCUACAAAGGUAUUUGAUUUGUGAGUGAUUAGAUGAUCAAAUUGAUACAGGAAAGAGUCCCUGGUGUAAUAAUCUUUUAUUUAAUCUAUAGCCUAUGCAGAGAUAAAAUGGUGUUUGUCAUUGACUCUCAGGGCAGGUUGAAAUGCACUUAUUUAGGAUGGAGACCUUUUGCUGUUAUACAUGUUGUUUAUCUUGAUUGAAAAUGUGUGUGGUUUUUUUUUUGCAGUAUUUUGUGAUUUCUAGCUUUGCACAAGUCAGACAAGACCAGAAAAUUGAUGAAUUUCCAAUAUAGUUGUAGAAAUCUAGAAGAUUCUCGUGAUUUUCUGGUGACCUUUUUAGGUAGUUUUAUCAGAAAAUGUACUCUUGACAGACUGGAAAACAGUGACUGGCUUGUGCAAAAAGCUUUUUAAUGACGAAAGAAAGCUGAUACAGCUUUUUUCCAAAGAAAACAAUAUUAAGUUUAAAACGAUAACAUAGCAAAUGCAUUUAGCAAAUACUACUUUUACUUUUACAGUUGCAUAAUUUGGUAAUCUUGCUAGCUUCAAAUUAGUUCCACAAAUAACAGUGAAAUAGUGCACACUUUAUCAUAACUGUUUGCAGCAAGAUGUGAUGUUGGCUAAAGUGAUGUUAUAUGAAAUGUGUGCAAAUAGUGUGCUGUUUGCAAGGGGUUAAGCAAAAAUCCCAAAGCUUUUGUGCUUUGGUUUCUUUUUUAGCAAGCUUGUAAAUUUAUAAAAUAUGUGGAGCUAGAAUAUAUGUUGAGAAGAUUUUGGAGUGGUUUUUUUUUUUUUUAAAGCAUCUAGUACUUUAUUAUUGUAAUCAAGAACUAAAUAUUUCUAAAGAGUAUUUCUGGAGGUAUAUGUUGCAGCAACCAUAUUCAAGAUUUGUGUGACUGAUGUGGGAUAAGCCUCAAAAACAACAAUCAGCCUGUCUUGCUUUGGACUUGAAUGGUCAAAAUUAUUUGUGAAUAUUAUCAAAAUUUGCUUAUUUUUUUUGCAUUGUGGCUGAAGAUCCGAUUCCAAGGCUGUGAAUGAUCAUGUUUUAUGAUGUUCAUUGUGCAUUUUUAUUGUUUAUUUUUUUCAGAUUGUUGUAUCCCCAGUUGUGUGUGGGGUGUGGGCGCAAUUAUAUGCAUGCAUAUGUACAAUCAUGCAUGUAUUACAAUUGUGCAAUCUGCAGAGAUUUUGGCCCAUAUAAAGACAUAUGCAGCAACAAAAGUUUGCAUGUUUUUGUUACAAACCUGUAUAUAAACAUUAAAACAACAUGUUAACACAA